AUGACGGCAAAUUCAAAUGAGAAGUCAUUUGAAAUGAAUGCUAGUAAGAUCGGUGAGAGUAAGAAUCAUCAUGGUCCAAAUGGUGAAAACCAUGAUCUUGACGUGCAUAAUGGUAGCAAGAUAGAUGAGAAGGAUACUUUUGACAAAUUACAGUUACCAGAAUAUCCAGCCGAUGCUAAUAGUAUCAACUCAUCUACUCCCUUGUCUCCUGAAUAUUCUUUAAAGCCUGAAGAUUUAUCAAAAUUGCAUGAUCCAAAGUCAUUGAAAUUUUUAGAUUCUUUAGGUGGUAUUGAAUCUUUAGCUCACACUUUGAAUACCAAUAUUCACAAGGGUAUUAAUGAUCAAGACGAAGAUGACCAUCCUCAGAGAAUCCACUUCUACGGUGAAAAUAAAUUACCAAUCAAGACUCAAAAGAACUUUUUCCAAUUAUGUUGGGAGGCUAUGAAGGAUAAGGUUUUAAUUUUAUUGUCCGUUGCUGCUGUAAUUUCUUUAGCUUUAGGACUUUAUGAAACGUUUGGUACUGACACCAUGUAUGACGUGGACGGAACUCCUUUACCAAAGUUGGACUGGGUCGAAGGUGUGGCUAUCUUAGUCGCUGUUAUAAUUGUGGUGGUUGUAGGAGCUGCCAAUGAUUACCAAAAGGAAAGACAAUUUGCUAAAUUGAAUGCCAAAAAAGAAGAUAGGGAAUUAAUUGUAAUUAGAAAUGGUAACCAAAAAAUGAUUUCAAUUUAUGAUUUGGUCGUUGGUGAUGUCUUAAACUUACAAACUGGUGAUGUCAUUCCAGGUGAUUGUGUCUUAAUCAGCGGAGAGGUUGAAUGUGAUGAAAGUGCUUUAACCGGUGAAAGUCAAACUAUCAAGAAAAAGCCUGUCGCCGAAGCCCUUAAAUUUUAUGAUGAGAAUGUAAGUAGUGUCAAUAUUGAUUUAGGAAAUAGUGAUGUUAAAUUCAAAGAUCCUUUCUUGAUCUCAGGUGCCAAGGUUUUGAGUGGUUUAGGUAAUGCGUUAGUAACAGCUGUUGGUGAAAACUCCAUCCAUGGUAGAACUAUGUUGAGUUUGAAUCACGAAAGUGAAGUUACUCCAUUACAAGCUAGAUUGGACGAUUUGGCUGAAGGUAUUUCCAAAUAUGGUUUUUUGGCUGCUUUGGUUUUAUUCUUUGUCUUAUUCAUUAGAUUUUGUGUGAGUAUAGCACCAAAUGGUAAAUAUCAUGACAUUGAAGCUGCUGAAAAAGGUAAAAGGUUCUUGGAUAUUUUGAUCACUGCCAUCACUAUUGUUGUUGUUGCUGUUCCAGAAGGUUUACCUUUGGCUGUCACUUUGGCUUUGGCAUUUGCUACUACUAGAAUGGCUCAAAAUGGUAAUUUAGUUAGAGUCUUAAAAUCCUGUGAAACAAUGGGAGGUGCUACCGCUAUUUGUUCUGACAAGACUGGUACUUUGACCGAAAAUAGAAUGAGAAUUGUAAGAGGAUACUUCAGUAACGGUUUAGAAUUCAAUGAUAUGGUUUCCAACAAGUAUGAAGCAAAAUCCAAAGACAUAGCUUCAAGAAUUCCAGCCUUUUUGAAGGGUGUGUUCAUUGAUAAUGUCGUCUUGAAUUCUACAGCCUUUUUCAACACUGAAUACGACGAAGAAUUAUCCAAAAAGUUAAAGUCUAAACCUCCACAUAAGAACAUUUUCCAAAGAAUGUUCCUGGGAGAAACUGAACUCGAAAAGCUUAGAAGAACCGUCAAAUAUGAAAAUAUUAGUGAACCUUUCUUGGGUAACAAGACUGAAUCCGCUUUAUUGAUUUUAUCCAAAGAUACUCUUGGCGUUUUCGAUGAUGAAUCAUUGGAGGCCAUCAGAGAAAGGAGAGCUUCUGAAAUUGUUCAAGUUAUUCCCUUUGAAAGUUCAAGAAAAUGGUCAGGAAUCGUUUUAAAAACCAAAGAAGGUUUCAGAUUCAUGUUCAAGGGUGCUGCUGAAAUUGUUGUCAAGAAUUGUGGUUAUAAGUACGAUCCUGAGACUAGUGAUAUCAUUCCUAUUGACCGUGAUGCCAGAGACGUUGUCUUGAGUAAAAUUGAUGAAUUUGCAAAUGAAGCAUUGAGAGCUAUUGCCAUUGGACAUAAAGAUUUCAAUGGAAUCACUUCUUGGCCACCUGCUGAAAUUGCUAAUCCUGAAAGUCCAGCCGAAGCUGCCACCGAAAAAUUAAUUGAUGUCAAUGGCUCUGUUUAUGAUGAAAAUAAACCUCAAGUUGUUUUGGAUAUUUUAGUUGGUAUUCAAGAUCCUUUGAAAGAAGGUGUUCCUGAAGCUGUUUUGAAAUGUAAAGAAGCUGGUGUUUCUGUUAGAAUGGUUACCGGUGAUAAUUUACGUACCGCAAAAGCCAUUUCCCAAAGUUGUUACAUUUUAACUCCAGAAGACUUAACUAGUGAAUAUGCUUCAAUGGAAGGACCUGAAUUCAGAAAAUUAACCAAACAACAAAGAAGAGAACUCGUACCUCAAUUGAGAGUUUUAGCUAGAUCGAGUCCUGAAGAUAAGAGAAUUUUAGUUGAAACUUUGAGAUCAUUAGAUGAAGUUGUUGCCGUCACUGGUGAUGGUACUAAUGAUGCUUCAGCAUUGAAAUUAGCUGAUGUUGGUUUUUCUAUGGGUAUCAGUGGUACUGAAGUUGCUCGUGAAGCUUCUGAUAUCAUCUUGAUGACCGAUGACUUUACUGAUAUUGUUCAAGCCAUCAAAUGGGGUAGAACUGUUGCCGUCUCCAUCAAGAAAUUCAUCCAAUUCCAACUUACGGUUAACAUUACUGCUGUUGUAUUAACUUUCGUGUCAGCUGUGGCUUCGAGUGAUAACCAUUCCGUUUUGACUGCAGUUCAAUUGUUGUGGGUUAACUUGAUUAUGGAUACUUUAGCUGCCUUGGCCUUGGCCACCGAUAAACCUGAUGAUUCAUUCUUGAAGCAAAAACCGGCUGGAAGAAAGUCUCCUUUGAUUUCUAUUUCAAUGUGGAAAAUGAUUUUAGGUCAAUCAAUCACACAAUUGAUUGUUACUUUUACUUUACAUUUUGGAGGUAAAAAGCUUUUCUUCAAUGGACAAGCAGUUUCCUCUCAUCAACAGAAAGAAUUGAAUUCCAUGACUUUCAACGCUUUUGUUUGGUUACAAGUUUGGAAAUUGGUUGUUACUAGAAAAUUAGAUGAAGCUUCUGAUGUUACUACCAUUAGAGGAAGACUUACUGCUUACAAUUUAAAUUUUUUCCUGCAUUUAUUCAGAAACUGGUACUUCAUUGGUAUCGCUUUAUUGAUCAGUGGAGUUCAAGUAUUAAUUAUGUUUGUUGGAGGUGCAGCAUUCUCUGUCACCAGAAUGCCAGGAAAUAUGUGGGCCACUUCAAUUUUAUGUGGUUUCAUUUCUAUCCCAGCAGGUUUAAUCAUUAGAAUUAUUCCAAACACUUGGGUAGUCAAGAUCUUCCCUACCAGAGCAUUCAAUGCAUUCAUAUAUUAUGUUGGUUUCAAUUUCUUAAAGAAGAAAAAGCAACCAGAUUUAGAAGCUAAUGAUAACGAAACAAAUGAAACACAUUAA